AUGGGUGAGACAACAAAAGAAGAUGCUACAAAACCAUCACCGAAUCAAAUCUCCUCGCCUAAAGAUUCUUUACUUGAUCACCAGACAUCAAUCCCAUCACCCGUCCACCACCAACACCAAUCUUUCCACCCUUCUCCGAUCUUCAUCGCCACCGUCUCUUCUCCCGGAGCUCCGGUUAUCCCUAAACGACCACGUUUCAGCUCUUCCAGUGGUCUUUCUGUACCUCAAUGGAAAGCCUUGCCGUCACCUUCCACCGUACCAACUGGGGCCACAAUCCCUUCAUUACCGUCCCCUUCCACCACCGUUGUAGCCGCCUCUUCCACUGAAACCGCCGCAUCUUCACCGCUGGAACAAGAAACUAUUAACACCGAGAAACAACAACUCGAAACUGAGCCGUUUCAACAUAAAUUCAGAAAAGGGAAAUACGUAAGCCCUGUAUGGAAACCACACGAGAUGCUGUGGUUAGCAAAAGCUUGGAGGAUCCAGUACCAAAAACAAGAAACUGGGCCUGGUUCCGGAUCCGGGUCUGGUGAGGGAAGAGGGAAAACACGGGCUGAGAAAGACAGGGAAGUAGCCGAGUUCCUAAACCGGAAUGGUGUUAACCGGGACUCAAAAAUCGCCGGUACAAAAUGGGACAACAUGCUUGGUGAGUUUAGGAAAGUGAACGAGUGGGAGAAAGGAGGAGAUAGAGAGAAAUAUGGUAAGAGUUACUUCAGGCUCUCUCCUUAUGAGAGGAAACAACAUCGACUUCCCGCUUCUUUCGACGAAGAAGUGUACCAAGAAUUGGCUCUUUUCAUGGGUCCACGUACCAGAGCUCCGACUAUUAAACGUAGCAGUGGCGGAGCUCCGGCGAAUGUUAUCUUAACACCUCCGUCUGUUGAGACGCUUCCUCCUUUUCUUCAUCCACCGUUCAUGACUUCAGGAGAUGAUGAUAUUAUUAACAACCGUAUCACUUCCGUCGGAAGAGGGAAGAGACUAGCAUUAUCAGUAGCUCGAGAUGAGCAUCCUCAAUAUCCGUAUUCACACGACAUUGCCAGAGGGUCAGGUUUAUUCUCUAAUAGAUCACUAUACUUCAACCCUUCUUGCGAGACGAUCCCAUCUUCUUCUUCUUCGUCUUCCUCUCUAAAAGAUCUUCGUCGUAUUGGGAAAAUACGGUUAACCUGGGAGGAAUCGGUUAACUUGUGGGCUGAAGAAGGGGAGGUUGAUUAUGGGAGAAUUAGGGUUAGUGGGUCGAGUUUCUUGAAUGCAGACGAGCUCGCCUAUAUGGAUGAUACCUUGGUGACUUGUACAAUGGAAUCUUUUGAAGAUGGACCGCUCAGAGGAUUCUCGUUGGAUAAAUUCAUUACUGGUCAACAUCUUAAAGUAUUUGGGAGACAAAAGUCAACGUUAUCAUCUGCUCCUUCACCUUUAGUUAAUAUGGCAGAUUCGGUUGGUCGAGCUCAACUUCCAUUUUCAGUGCCCAUUUAUAAAUCAAUUGCAACAUUGGAGUUCCAAGACCCAUCAGAACAUUACUUGCGUAGCUUGCAUGUGCAGGCGGCUAAUCUUCCGACCUUAUUUGAGCUAGCACGGUAUCUUCAAGAACCGCCGCCAGAAAGUCUGCGGUUUCCUAUCCGGCGAGACGUCUACAAAGACUUGCCGCCAGGGAAAGAGCUCUUCUUCACCACUUCCUCAACGGAGCUUCUAGAUUGUAGAGCAAUCACAUAUGAUAUCAUCAGCCCCAUAAUGUCCCGCUUAAGCCCUAACUUCGUCAUCUCCAGCAAAGACUCGCUGAUCCCGCUUUGGGACACCUGCGUUAACCGGAUGGUUUCAAAGUUUUGUGACAUGGUGGUUUUGCGUAAACCGGAUUCGUCUUCGUUUGUUGAAAACGUUCAAGAUCAGUGGCCAAACGUUGUGGGAUUCGUAAAAGGAUUCGGAUUAUGGAGAGGAGAAGAGGCUAAUAAUGUACGCGAAGGUGCAGCUGUUCCUUCUUCUCUAUUGGUCGAAAAGAUUCUUUGGUCGUACGACGAUCUUCCAUACAUUCUUGGUUACCACGCAAUAAGGUUCACCGUAACGUUCUGCGCUUUGAGCCGUUCUUCGCAGGAUCGAGUGAUAUGCACUGAUCUAUAUUCUUUCGACGUCUCUUCACCGUCGGAUCGAAUCAAGGCCUUGGUUCCUUGUUACCGUCUCGCUUCUCUUUUACCUUUGCUUGCAGAUCGGUGCAGUAUGAGGCAUUUAUGCUACAACGACUUCGAGAGAAUCAGUCAUGGAGAUUUCGUGACCGAGAUAACUCCCAACACGGUGACUAAGUAUUACUCAAGCAAGAGAAAAUGGAGCGUAGUGAAAGGUAUUUACGAUUUUCUCGACCAAAGAGUUCUACACGCGGAGCAUUUGGAUGGUUCAAGCGAGAAGGAACUAUCACUGAGUUUUAAGCCACGUGGAAUCAGAGUCAAACCUUGUAACAUUGACCAGCUUAUCGAGUCUCUGAUGUGUGUGACGAGAGCGCUUGUUGCGCUCCACGAUCUUUCGUUCAUGCAUCGUGACAUGCGAUGGGAAAAUGUCAUGAGAAGCGCGGAAACGGCCACAACAACAUCGGACGGGGAAUGGAUCGUUUGCGGGUUUGAUGAAGCGGCUGAGUCCCCGCAGCUUAACCCGCACCGCCCUAUGGCAGAGGAAGAAGUGGAGGAGGAGCAUGGGAGGCAGGCUCCGGAGAUGGAGAGAGGGUUGCAUGCGGUGAAAGUAGAUGUGUGGGGAGUGGGUUAUAUGAUAAAGACUUGUGGAUUGAGUAAUGUACCAAAGAUGUUGAGGGAACUUCAAGGGAAGUGUUUGGAGCCGAACCAAGAGAACCGACCAACCGCAGCCGAUUGCUUUCACCAUCUCCUUCAGGUUCAGUCUGCCAGUACAUCGUCGUAUUAGUCCUUUUAAUUUCAUUUUUUUGGUUCUCAUAUGAAUGUUGGAAACCUAUAACAACUUUUAGGUUUUGACCAUCAGUAGACAACUUUGUCAC